AUUUUUCAUUAGUUUGUUCUAAUCAAUUCGUUUUGUUGUGCAGAUGGAUCCCUCAGAAGAACGAAAACAUUCAAAACAACAAAAGGAGUACUGUGACAUGUUAGGCUUCGUGGAGGAUUCACAGUACGGUAUUCCAAUACGGUGUGCUUGCGGUGGGAGAAUCAUUGACGAGGUACGGGGGAAGGAAGACUACGACAGUCAUCCUGGAAAGAGGUUCUUCACGUGCAUAAACUAUGAAGAUAAUGGGUUGCACUAUAGUCAUCCUUGGGUGGUUGGUGUCCAGGAGGAGAUGGAAAGGCUGAGGAAGCGUCUGGAAGAGGCUGAGGAGGUUAUCAAGGGGGUGCCGAGUCUCAAUUACCAGAUUGAGAGCCUGGAGGAACAGGUUCGAAGCCUCACAGUCCAGGUCGGUACCCUAGAGAAGGUGUUAAGGCUGAGGACGAGGUUAGACCAGCUGGUGUUAAGGCUGCUAAAGCAGCCAAACGCAAGAGGCACGGGAAAGAAGCUGCAUUCGAUCAAAUAGAGACCAUCCUGGCUGAGAGAAAAAAGA